GCAGUGGCGGCUGGGAGCGGUAAGCACCGCGCUUGUGGAGUGGCCCCUCCCCGGAGGUGGCCGGGGUGGCCUGGCCGCACCGCACGGCGCAGGUGGCCAUGGAGCAAGCGUAGAGCCCCGCAGGAAUUGUGGGAGGCGCGUCUGUAAAGAAAUGGACCAGUGUGCAUAAUCAUGGAAUCUCCUUGCUAACCAUCACCACCUGCUCUCCCUGAUACAUGAGCGAGAGAGUGGGUCAGGGAAGAAGGAAAAGAGGUCACCAUGAAGCUGAAGCAGCGAGUCGUGCUGUUGGCAAUUCUCCUUGUCAUCUUUAUCUUCACCAAAGUUUUCCUGAUUGACAACUUAGAUUCAUCAGCUGCCAACCGGGAGGACCAGAGGGCUUUUCACCGAAUGAUGGCUGGCUUGCGGGUGGAGCUGGCACCCAAGCUGGACCACACCUUGCAGUCUCCCUGGGAGAUUGCAGCUCAGUGGGUGGUUCCCCGGGAGGUGUACCCUGAAGAGACGCCAGAGCUGGGGGCGAUCAUGCAUGCCAUGGCCACCAAGAAAAUUGUUAAAGCUGAUGUGGGUUAUAAAGGGACACAACUGAAAGCCUUACUGAUACUGGAAGGAGGACAGAAAGUUGUCUUCAAACCUAAGCGGUACAACCGAGACUACGUGGUAGAAGGGGAACCCUACGCUGGCUAUGACAGACACAACGCAGAGGUGGCAGCCUUCCACUUGGACAGGAUUCUGGGUUUCCGCCGAGCCCCCUUGGUGGUUGGCAGAUUUGUUAAUCUGCGGACAGAGAUCAAGCCUGUUGCCACGGAGCAGCUCUUGAGCACCUUCCUAACCCUAGGAAAUAACACUUGUUUCUAUGGGAAGUGCUAUUACUGCCGAGAAACGGAGCCGGCUUGUGCCGACGGAGACACCAUGGAGGGGUCUGUCACACUCUGGCUUCCAGAUGUGUGGCCUCUGCAGAAACACCGACACCCCUGGGGCAGGACUUACCGAGAGGGCAAACUGGCCAGGUGGGAGUAUGACGAGAGCUACUGCGACGCCGUGAAGAAAACAUCCCCUUACGACUCUGGCCCCCGGCUCCUGGACAUCAUCGACACGGCUGUCUUUGACUACCUGAUUGGCAACGCUGACCGCCACCACUAUGAGAGUUUCCAGGACGAUGAAGGCGCCAGCAUGCUCAUCCUUCUCGAUAAUGCCAAAAGCUUUGGGAACCCCUCGCUGGACGAGAGAAGCAUUCUCGCCCCCCUCUAUCAGUGCUGCAUCAUUCGGAUUUCCACCUGGAAUAGACUGAACUACCUGAAGAAUGGGGUCCUGAAGGCCGCCUUAACGUCCGCCAUGGCCCACGACCCCAUCUCCCCCGUGCUGUCCGCUCCCCACCUGGACGCCGUGGGCCAGCGGCUGCUGAGCGUCCUGGCCACCGUGAAGCAGUGCACGGACCAGUUUGGGAUGGACACUGUGCUGGUGGAAGACAGGAUGCCUCUCUCCCACUUGUAAUUUGCAGCACAGAAUAACUGAAACUUCUUUUUACAAAGAUAGAGAAACAGCACAAUCAAUUCCAAAUGGUAUGAGAUGGAUUGGAAAUGGCCGGCAGCAAGUUCUGGGGACUGGGGACAGGGUGGCCGUGGAUUUCUUUGGUGUUUUCCGUCGUAGAAACUGAAGCGAGGACUGAGUUUCAGACGACGGAAUGUUCCUGCUGAGUCACCCACAGCCUCAGCCCUGGCCCAUCUCACAGUGGGCGUUGCAGUUGGUCGGUCUUACUCCUCAUGCCAAAGGACGCACAGGUGUGACGUGUGGCUAGGUUAAUGCUGGGAUUGGUUCUGGAGUUUGAGUUCAUCCUUAUAGUCCUUUCGCCACACCUGUGGAUUUUCUGAGACCACUUUGCAAUCCCGAGUCCUUUUUUUAACCAGGACUGGUCAAAUCGGCGUUCUGUGGAGCCAAAGGAGCAGGCUCUGUGGAAGGAGCUGCGUCUCAGCGGGAAGAACAAGAGCGGAAGGGUGUGGGCUUGUCAGUGAUUGGCAGUAGCGCUUCUGUUGGGUUUAGGGAGCGAAGAAGGGAGGGAGAAGGUGACUGGAAUCUGGGAGACGCCUGAAUUAGUGAAAGCAGGUUCCCCGGGGUUUUAUUUAAGUUCUUCAGGUGUGGAAAAGCUAACGUGAUUUGUACCUAAGUAAAGUCUGCAUUCUCACAAUUGUGUUUAACCAAAACAUUGUCUCUGGAGAACUUACUGCUACAACCCAAGCACGAUUCUCUUAUGAGACUUUUAUUUUUUUAUCCUGCCCGAAGGAGACAAACCCUUUCCAAAUUAACAAAGCAAACAAAUAAUACCUUGAAUAAGAGUUCAGUUGCCUGUGACCUCUGCCAUCCUGAUUCCUCUUCUGAGAUGAAUUUCCACCUCUGCCUUUAAGGCCUUUGAAGCUGCUAUUCCCAAGAGGUUGGCAGACCUGGUUGUGCCUUUCUUGUGAGAAAAACCAGCUCGCUCUGGCUGAUGGAAGUACACAUCCUGGGGGUGGCUGGACCCGCAUGAUCGAGCCAUGCGGAUGCCUGGAAACAAAGGUUUAAGCCUCUGAGCCUUAAAACCAAGGAGGUUGUACCAGGAAGAGCCUUAAGAUUUGGAUCUAUGUCAAACCCCGAUUUCAUCAUUUAAUCUUGUUUGGAGUUUCGAACCCAUGUUCUUCCGUCUCUUGUUAGCACUCUCAAAUUUCAGCUUGCUCAAACACAGGCUCGGUUCUGGGCUCUGGCAGAGAGAUCGUGCCAUGUGAGCGGUCGCAGUAAAACGUAGGCCUGAAGACGGCAGGCCUGUGUGCCCACUCACUGAGGCCUCUGAGCUGGGCACUGCCCUCGUGUUGUCUGGGUGCUGCUCCAGGUCUGUGUUUCUGUCCGUGGGGAUAAUAUUCAGCAGUGUGGUUGAACAAAUUCAGUGCCAGCCACUGGGGACCAGUCUUAAGCAACCACCCUCUCAAAAGCAGUUUAGAAUUGAUGCCCCAACACCCUCACAUUUAAAGAUAACAGCAUCCUGUGACUACUUUCAACGAGCAUGAAAUUAGGAUACUUUUGUAUUGUACUUUGUAUGUACACUUUGAGAUGUUCACAAGAAUGGGCCAAGUUACUUUAAAAGGUAUUGUAAGAAGACAGAUAUUAGCACAGAACUCUAAAAUAGUGUUAGCAAAAGACGGCACGGAUUCCGGUUGAAAGGCCCUGGGCCGUGCGCGUGCCCAGAAAUUCACAGUUGGGCUGGAGGGCACCCCGGAGCGUGCUCCCGCGCCAGGGUCCGCGAGCUGGCCGGAGGGAGACGGAGGGAUGUCAGCCACGCUCCCCUGGGUAAAUGUCAGCUGAAUUAAAUUAUGGAUUAGUGUUCUCUCACCACGUGCACCUCUUAGCAUGCCACAUCGGAAUGCAUGAGAGUUGUUCUCAAACUGGGAGCUUUGUUCAGACUAAGACAGAAGAUUCUCCUGGGGAAAAGAGCAGGAGAGAGAGCUGGUCUGGAACGGUCUCAUCCUUUUUAAAACAUUGCUGAAAAUGAACAAUUUCUUUCUCUUUCCCUAUUUAAAAAUCCAUGUUUUUAAAAGGUGUUCAGGUCUAGUGGUUCAAGUUAGGAUUGUGCUAAUGACACGGCAUAAGACUAUGUGCGAAGUCAGGAUUGGACUAAGCAGGAAAAGUAUGUGUGCGUAAAUCUUGGAGAAAGGCAACCAUAAACAUAGCCCUAAAAUUCACAAACACUAACUUUGUUUGAAAAAACAGGUAGAUAUCUUUUCAAAAGUUUUCUACCACUGUUCUCUUUGCAGUUUGUCUAUCAGAAUCUGGGACUAGCACAGGCCCCGAGGGUGGGGGGUGGGUGUCAGCCGGCAGCGGCUGCUUAGCCGACGUCUCGAGGCAGAUGCGCGUACUUUUUAAUAUUAUAAAACUGGGAAAGUCAGAACUGACUGCUAUUUUCUUUCCUCCUUCUACUUAAAUAUGUUUAUUCCAGAGUUUGAGUGGGGAAAUAUGAGGAGCGAGGUUUCAUUCUAAACUGUUCUUUAAUGAGUCUAUAUUGUGGGUUUGGCCAUAAAUAAUUUUCUGUGCAAAACAAAUUAUAAAUGGAAUUGGAUUUGCUCAGAGUAUUUGUUCAGUAAUCUAUUAAUAAGGCAUCUGCACUCAGGAUUAAUGUGUCAAAUAAAAUUUAAGAAGGAAAUGGGAGAAUUUGGGUACAUCCACUGCAUAUUAUAUUGGAAAAGAUGGAUUCUCUACAUGAUAGUUUUUCAAUGUUCUUCCAAAGAAAUCCAUCAUUUAUUUUUAAAAAAAAAAAGGCUUUUGGCCUCCUCUUCCCAUCUACCAUAUUCCUUCAGCCUCCCUUCUUGAUGGUCCCUGUGUCUUGACCAGUGAAUGCCCUCACCUCCAUGAUGGUGACACAGCAUCUGUCAGUGAGCCGUCGUGUCUGAGUCAUCCUGGGGCUUGAGCUUCAGGACACGCGAGUAAAGGUAUAUGUAUGUAUAUAGUCAUAUAUGUAUUCUAGCAAGAAAAAGCAUAUUUAUUUUGACACAGGAAAGCAGAUUUAUGUUGCUGGAGAACUUAAAGCUAGUUAAACGGUUCUCUUCUGAGUCUCUGAGCGCGGACCCUACACCAUAAAGCUCACUCACUCGGCGAACACCGGCUAGCCCGCUCGGAGCCCGCCGCUCGGCACACGCGCGAGCAGACACGACUGUGAGACCUCCUGUGCAGGGGAAGCCAGUCUUUCUCCCUCCAGUCCCUGAAGUCUGGGUUGAGGUGGGAGCUGGGGACUAGACUGCCACAGAUUUUUAAGGGGUGAAGGUGUUACAAAUACAGAAUGUGCGGGGGGCUGGGAAUGACUCACUGGAAGCUUAUUUAUUCGCUCAAAGGGAAGUGUGAGCGCCACCACCCUGCCGAUCCACCAUGGACUUCCUCUCAGAGCUGUUGCAGACAGAGGUUGUGCUUGGUAAGUCACCAAACGGCACACGUGCACCUCAAUUUCUAAUGCGUUCUAUUGGUUUC